UUGAUUGCCGAUUGGUAGGUUCUAGAAAUGUGAAAAAUAGGAUUCACGGGUUCUUCAAUCUAUAACGCAAUGUAUAUAUUCUUUUUAAUUCGGAAUUCAGGGAUAUUAAUUUAAGAAAUCACACGAAGAUCUUUGUCGAAGUAGUUUUUCUUUUGGAUUGCAUUUGAAAUCUGAGCAAAAUAGUUUUGGACAGCAAUCGAGGGCUGGCCUUCUUCCUGUUAGAGAUUACAUUCCUUCUAUACCAUUCUGCAAAUUCGUCUUUCCGAUUCUUUGUUUCUGAAAUCUCUGUAUGGUAGAAAAAAUGGCGCAGAACGAACAUAUCUUGGAGUAUACAGAUGGAGACUCGUAUCAACAGGUUAGGCAGGCGCUGAAGGAACGAUCCAAGAAAAUGGCGCAAACGAAGGAGAUGCUAUCGAAACAAGCUGUUCAGACGAAAGAGAUCAUAUCCAAACAGGCGGUUAAGAUCGCUAAGCAGGCCGAAGAACACGAAAGAUUCAUUAACAAGGUCACGCACCUGCUCGGAGUUCUUGGUUUCGGAGGAUUUUGCUUCCUGUUAGGAGCGAGACCUCAGGAUAUUCCAUAUGUAUAUUGUUUUUUUUAUGUUACCUUUGUCCCUCUUCGUUGGAUAUACUAUCGGUUCAAGAAAUGGCACUACUACCUCUUGGAUUUUUGCUAUUAUGCAAACACGAUUUUCAUUGUUGAUCUUCUUCUAUAUCCAAAAAAUGAAAAACUUUUCAUGAUUUGCUUCGCAUUUGCAGAGGGACCAUUAGCAUGGGCGAUCAUUGUUUGGCGUUGUAGCUUGGUUUUUAGUUCUUUUGAUAAAAUAGUCAGUGUUCUUAUACAUCUAAUUCCUGGUUUGGUUUUCUUCACCAUUAGAUGGUGGAACGAGGCUACAUUUAAAGCCAUGCAUCCUGAAAAAACUUCCCCCAGAGCUUCAUGGCCCUAUGUAGAGGACAAGUCAUAUUUAUGGACAUGGCUGUUUGUAGUUCCUUUGGUUGCUUAUACUCUCUGGCAGAUUCUUUACUUUCUGAUUGUCAACGUGUUGCGUCGUCAAAGGUUCUUACGAGAUCCCGAAGUCAUGACUUCAUACAGGGAACUGUCCAAAAGGGCACAGAAAACAAACAAUGUAUGGUGGAAAUUAAGUGGUUUGCUUGGAGAUCAGAAUCGUCUGUUCAUGUACAUUUUGUUCCAGGGAAUAUUUACAGUAUUGACGAUGGCAUUGGCUGUUCCAAUCUUCUUGUCGUAUCGGUUGCACGUUGUUUUCCAGCUGCUAAAGGUUUCAGCCGCCGUCUGGAAUGGAGGAAGCUUUUUGUUAGAGGUCAUGCCAAGGCAGGUGAUUCUGAAGGAGAAGAAGAAAACAGAAACACAGCCACUUCAAGACGAUCAAAAUCAUCUCCCAGUUCCUGCAGCAGACGAAAUCGUCACCGACACUGCUUCAAGGCAAACCUUGCAGUCUUAGUUGCCAUUUUGCUCACACGGGUUUUUGCUUACUGGUACGAGUUCGAUCUUUCUCUCAAACAUACAUAUACACAUAUAUAUCAAUGUUGAUCCAAGACUGUUGUAAGUUCUGUAUUUACAAGCUUUUUCAUAAUCAGCUGCUAUAUCAGUGAUCAAGUAGUUGUUUUUCAUUUGUGUUUCCAUCUCAUAGACAUUGGAGAAUGGCUGUGAAGAAUAGAUACUUUAAACGUUUAAGAUUUUUGUAUUUACUUCAUUUGUUUAAUCCACACGCAUCACAAACAGUGGUAAGGUUUGGACAUGUUAUACCUUUUGAUUAAUGAGAAUAUUACUGCUUCCUUUUCUUCGGGUCAUA